AUGGCUUGCAGAAACACUGUCACCUCUGAGUCUGAUGAUGAAGUUAGAGUGCCUCAUCAAAGAAUUGUGAGCACGAAGCAGUUGGAAAUGGAUAAAAACUGUCAAGAGCAAUACAUGAAAAAGCUCGAAAGAGAAAAUGUGGCCUUGAAGAAGAAGAACCAAAAGCUUGCUACCACCAGUGUGCUAGCCAUGCGAACAAACCAAGAUCUCCAGGAGCAUGCUGAUGAGGAAUAUCGCCUCUUGCACAAUGGCCGUGAGCCUCCAGAGAGUGAAGACGAGGAAAAUGAAGAGCCAAGCACCCUCUUCUCAUCAUUGCCCACAACUGAGCUGUUGCAACAUUCAUCUUCCCCCCCUCGAAUUGACCUUGCAACUGGGCGUCGGUGGGAGAGCCGGCGUCCACAGCUCAGUCACUCAGCUCAUUCAGGUUCCUGUGCACCUUCGCCUUCUGCUCUCACUGUGCCAGAUUCACCUCCACUGCCUGAUAUUCCAUUGCUGCCGCUUCCAGACUCGGAUCUAGCACAAAAAAGUUCUUCUGUUCCACCUCGUAAUGACCCUCCAGAGAAUUCGGCAUCCUCUUCUCAUCAUAGCAAGUGCCAGCGAAGCCUAGGUCCCAAUGACACCAAAUCGGACUCCAAGCGAACUUGUACCAUUGCACGUGGUGAGAAAGGUCUCAAUCUUCGGGACUAUAGUGGUACUGCAAAGAGUGUGAUCCAUGAGGUCCUCCAGCGCUAUGAGAACAAGAUUUUUACAGUUGACGCAUACCCUGACGAUACAAAGCAAGCUGAAAUUGUUCAUUCUCUGUGGGCUGAUGUGUGUGAGAAUGUCGGGAAAGAGUUUGAACUGACUGCUGCUCUUCAGUCCAUGAUUAAAAAACAAGGCGCAAGAGCUUGUGGCAAUGUUCGGGAUCGGAUCCAACCUAUGGUCUCCCCAAUGUAUGGCUUCCAGGUCUCCGACAAAAAGAAAAUUCAACAAACAAACAAGAAUCUCUACGUUAUGCUCUCAACUGGCAGUGCAUUCUCCUUCAAGAAACCAGAGGAGAAGUUCAGACAAUUUGAAAACAAGAUUAUCUUUCGUGCGAUAUGUGUGUGCUGGUUCAAGAAUCAAAAGGCCCCCAGAAUCAGGUACUCGGAUGACUAUGACCUGAUUAAACCAGAAUCCUUGGCACUAGUCAUGACUAUUCUCGAGAACUGUAUUGAAGAAUGGUCUAGCGGUAAAUAUGUACCAAGACCUCUGGAUGAGGAUAUCCAAUGCCCACGCUAUCUCGCUCAUCUGGCAGAUGUCAAGAAAUGGUGCGAAGAUAACAUGAAGGUCACAGAGAACAUUCGCAGACGCUGGCAUGAUUGCGCUAGGUCUAAUUCUGGUGCAAAAGCGAAGGAGAAAGUGACAGGAUAUCUCAACGAUGAAGAGGAAGAAAAUCGGGCCAAGGCAGAUCUCGAUGGUAGGACUGGAGAAAUGGAUAGUGAAGAUGAACCUGAUGAAGAUGACGAGGAGAACCAGAUGGAGAUCCUGGAUGAAUGA